UUUUCUCUUUACCUCGCCAGCAGAGGCAGCAUUAGCAGCGGAAGAAGCAUUGAGGCCAUCACCGGUACGAGCACGGAACAGCAGCUAUGGCACUUUAUAUUCUUGCUAGCUUCAUCCAGAUCUCUCUAGGUCUGUGUGUCAUUGCGGGCCUGGUGUACUUCGUUGCAUCCUCCAUAUACAACCUCUAUUUCCACCCGUUGGCGCGCUUCCCUGGCCCGUUGAGCGGCGCCAUCCAGGAUAUCUGGGUUUCGCGCAAAUGGGUCGGCGGCAGGUGGCCCCACGAGGUCGAGAAGCUGCACGAGAAGUACGGCGACGUCGUCAGGAUCGCACCAAACGAGCUCUCCUUCUCUCAUCCUGACUCCAUGAAGGACAUCUACGGCCAGGUCAACAUCAACCACCCCAAGUUCAUCCCCAAGUCCCGCACCUUUUACCAGCAGACAGACGUUGGCCGCUCAGUCGGCACCGAGGUCGACCCAGUCAUCCACCAGAAGAUCCGCAAGCUGCUGGCACCCGGCUUUAGCGCUUCGGCCCUGAAGCGGCAGGAGGAUGUGGUUCUCCACUACAUCGACCUCCUGGUAGAGCAGAUCAAGGUCCACGGCAGCAAGCCCGGUGGUAUGGACAUGACCGACUGGUUCACCUGGCUGGCCUUUGACGUCGUCGUGGACCUGGCCUUUGGCGACUCGUUCCAGAGCGUCGAGAAUGGUGCGUCGCCUACCUGGCUUGAGAUGUUGGUCAACAGCGGCUUCCAGGUGGCCCUGGGCUUCGUGGUCCGCCGCCGCGCCCGGCUGUUCCAGCAGGCUGUCAGAUUCUGUCUCACCAACGAAAAGAGCAAGCGCAUGCGCAACAGCUACGUCAGCAACGCACGCAACAUGGCUGCCCAGCGGCUGGCCCGCGGCGCCGACGUGUCCCGCUUCGACUUUUUCACCCCGCUGGUGGGCGAGAAGUCGCCCGACGCCACUGUCGGCUUCCUCGCUGCCCAGGGCAGCACUCUUGUCGCGGCCGGCACCGAGACAACGGCCACGUUCCUAACGGGCCUAACGUUUUACCUGCUCAAGAACCCCGAAAAGCUGGCCCGGAUGCAGGCCGAGGUCCGGGCCCGCUUUGGCACCAGCGCCGAGAUCACGGACGAGUCGACGCGAGGCUGCCCGUACCUGUGUGCCGUCGUUGAAGAGGGCCUGCGCAUCUUCAAUCCGGCUGCGUUUGGGCUGCCCCGCGUGAGUCCGGGCACGCAUGUGCAGGGGCACUGGGUCCCCGAGGGAACAAUCUUGGCCGCGGCGGGCCACGUGACGUCGCGCGACCCACGCUGGUUUUACAAGGCGCGCGAGUUCCGCCCGGAGCGGUGGUUGCCACGCGAGCACCCCGCCUAUGAUCCAGUCUACGAGGGCGACCGCAAGGACGCCUCCAAGCCCUUCUCUAUCGGAUCACGCUCCUGCAUCGGCAUCAACCUGUCGUACAUGGAGAUCCGCAUCUGCGUGGCGAAGCUGGCCUGGAACUUCGACUGGCAUCAGGUGGAUCCAGCUGAGGACUUCGUGCGCGAUGCCAAGCUGCUGGGACUGUGGAAGGGGUCUCCGCUACACAUCGGAUACGCCGAGCACGAGAAGGAUGUGUAAAUGGUGACCGAGCUCAUUGGAUACCUGCUAGCGGGUGGCAGCAAGAUUCGCAAGGUUUUGUUUCCCCAUCUGUGGUUGCGGUUUUAUGUCGCUCGUAUCUUAUCCUGUAGCUCAGACUGGCAGUAAACACUGGUUUCUAAGAGGCACAUAUCUCCGUCGAUGCUUUGCACAGUCCUCCUCGCAGCAACUGCCCAGCGGCUAGGAUUCCAGACACGACGCCGAUAGCAAAGACCGGACCCG